GAUUCUCAAAUGUGAUUUUCGAGUGAGUUGUCACUUACAUAGGUUAUGUUUACAUCUUUCUCAUUUUUGUCUGUGAUUCUGUAAAUCAACGGAGCAUGAAGAAAUAUUGAAGGAAAGUUAAUGAAGAUGAUUUUUAGUGUUACAGAACUAAAGAUUAUCUAGAGUCAAUAUUUUAAAAUGAGUGAACCAAGCACCAGUCAUAUCUUAUAUGACUUACUCACUUAUUCUGAAUGGGUUCAAGAUCCUGAUAAAAUCCCUGAUAAGCAAACUCAUCAAAGUUCCACUUCGCAAGGAGCUUUUGGACUAUUCAGAAAAAGUGUCUCACUUGUAGACGAAAUAAACAGGGUAUCAAAUUGGCAGCUACCUUGCAAAUUUGCUGCCGGGGAGCUGGGGAAAGUAGUGGCUAUAUUGCUGGAUACAACUCUAGAAAUUAGAACAUCCCGAGAUGAAUAUACUACUGUCGUUGGCAAAGCAACUGUUGCCAAAGAUCCCAUGCCUCAAUGGAGGAGAAUGGCAUGGAGUCCAGACUCUACCAUCUUAGCAGUCAGCUUCAGUAAUGGAUCCAUCCAUUUCUAUGAUUUGCUGGGGAGCAACCUUUUCAACAUACCAUCUAUGAAUAAUGUCGAGGAUUGCAAAUCUCAAUCACUUGAUAGUGCACUGGCGUGCAUGAUGUUCAUUCCUUCCAGGACUAAAACUAAAUGGUCGACCGAGCUGUUAGUAAUAAACUACGCCGGUAACCUUCAAAGCUAUUUCGUGUCUCCAACUGACGGCUUCUUGGAGAAUCACUCGUUUACUCUCUCGAAGGAUGGCAUAGCAGCUGCCGCUUGGCAUCCAGCUCACAAUCUAUUGUUUGUAUCUUCGCUACCAGAUCAAGCAUUAUCCAAUUCAAAGGAGAAAACAGGUUUGAGUUGGGGAGUGACAGCUUGGCGUUUGCUAAAUGAUUAUCCAUAUUAUAAACUUACCAUUCCAUCUGAAAAAGAACUGGAAAAGGCUAAAUCCAGUUUAGGUUUAUGGAAUAAGUUCUCAUUGAUGCGCUCAUCUCCACAAACGUCAAUUGUUUUCCGCAUGCAGAUCUCCCUCCAGGGCAAACAUUUGGCUUGUUUACACACGUGUGGAGCAGUUUCAAUAUGGAGCCUGCCUGGUUUAAGGCUAUCAGGAAUAUGGCAACUUGAUGAGCAACCCAAUAGUCGGGAUAACAGAAAUAUCAAAGAUGAGAAAUCGAGUAAAGAAUUCGAUUGGGAUAAAGUUUAUCCCAUAGACAUCAGUUGGUGGCCUGAUGAGAAAUUGAUAAUCGCUAGGCGAAAUGGAGCCGUCAGUGUCUGUGAAUUGGAAGGACUGCGCAACAUACUGGGAGACAAGCCUGAGGCCCUGGCCGGCGCCACCAUGCUUUCCACAACCUGCACCGAGAAAGGCUUUCUCGCCUUGGAAAGCGAGUUCAAAAUCAUCUCCAGCAAGAAGAGGCAUCAGCAGUCUGAACAGCAAGAAGAGGUCAGCGAUAAGGAAGAGGAAGAAAAAGAAGAAGAAGAUGACGUUGAUGAGAAAGAUUCGCUGUUGAUGAGAGGCUCAGAACUAGUCAAGUCAACUAUUUACUACAUGACUGAUAGUGAACGGUUUCGCCCGGAAAGGAGAUUGCCCAAGUUGAUCAGAAGAACGUAUCGACUCAUCGCUCUGAAGAGUACCACUCCUGAAGAACUCUUCUCUAGAAAAUUUUACUUCCGCCAUCAUGUAAUUGUAGUGCAAUCCCAUAUUCUCGAUUUGAGUAAUUUCUUUAAAACGCUGCUUUUUCAUUUUCAGAGCAAAAUAAGUAAAUGUAGUUGGGUGCUACAAGAAUGUUGUGAAAGAGUUCCUGAAACAUUGAGUGCAGCUAAAGAGCUCUUGGAGUUUGGCCUAAAAAUGACUGAGAAUCAACUUACUGAGAUCUUUAAGCAACAUUGGAUUGCUAAUAAUGAGAAUAUUGAAGAUUCAGUCGAUAAUGAUCCAUAUGAGAAGUUUGAUUUUAUAGAAUAUGCUAAGGAAAUAAAUGUUGAUGUAUUAUCAGAGGAAGAGAAAAAUACUAUAUCAGCUAGAAUGAAGCUACUACAAUUUUCAGAUAGAUUGUACACUUAUCAGUUGAUACUUAAGAAUCACAUGGAAGCACUACUUCAGUCUACAAAUUCGACUGAGACUCCAAAGGAAGAAAACAAUGGCGAUGUUGAAAAUGAAUUCGAAAAUUUUGAUAAAGAAUUCUAUGACAGAUUCCGGCAUCAAUCAACAGUCGUAUCAGCCAUGUAUUAUGCUCAGAAAGGUGACCACAGUGCUGUGAAGUGUAUUUUCACGUAUCAUGGCUCUGAAACUUUGAAAUAUUGGCUUUCUAUAUUGGAAAAUUUUCCUGAAACUAUGCUUCCAUCCGAAUAUCGUCAUCUAUUGCCAGAGUGCAGCAGUGAUGGAGAUGUAUUCGAAUGGAAUGUAUCCAACAUUAGAGAAACUGAUUGGUGCGAAAGUGAAAAAUUCAAUUCUCUCAGUGUUGAAGAAGAGGAAAAAUGGGAAACCAAUCCGAAACUUGACAGUCACAGUUCUCUGACAGCAGAAAAUUUGUCGGAUUGGUAUCGGAAGAGGAUUUACCAGAUUGAGAGUAGCAGUCAUCUAGUUGAUCCGGCUAUCGAUCUCAUACGCCUUGCCAGGGAGCGCAAUAUUAAGGACUUGGAUAAUCUACACCACCAACUUCUCACUCUUGAGAUGCUGGUCUACGAACUGGAAAUGGAAAAUUUGACUUUGGCAGAUCUAGAGAAGAUGACUCCUUUAGAAAAAGCUUUGCUGCUCAUAAAAGAUGCUACUGAAGAGAGUUUUGUAGGAAAUUUGCUGCAUAGAGUAGUACCCUAUGCAGAUCGACAUGAAGGAUUGGUUCCAAACUCAAGAAAGACGUUGUUAUUUCAACUUUUAUCCAAUUUAAGCUCUCAAUCCCUAACUCUACCACUCAAAUUAUUCCAAUAUCUGAAAGAUGAGCCAGAAAACAAAAUAGCUUCAACGUUGGAGGACAGGAUAAGUUUGACUUUGGAAUGCCUCUAUACUAAUUCAACCAUCGAUGAAAUAGAUAAGGCAUUUUCUAUCUUGAAAAUACUCAACUGCCUGCCAGAAAAAUCGACCAUAACAGGAAAUACAGAAUUGGAAGACUUGAAAAAACGUCUAGAAGUGGUUGAGUUUGAACUGAACGCCGCCGUCAUUCUGAAACGCUACGGUCAACCCAAGUCGUUACUCUACAUUCAUAACCAUGCGCAUGAUUUGCAAAUUGUGCAAAAUCUGGUUCUUCGGAUUGCCAGAACAACAGCAAACAAAGUUCCUCCUGCUUCUGAAACAGAAUGGAAUCAGCUAUUUACUGAUAUUUUAGAGCUUCAACGAAAUACUUUCAAGUGCAUGUCUCUGGAAUUAUGUUACGAGGUGAGUCAAGAGUCAUUGAAAAUGUUAUUACUAUUACACUUUUUGUUUGAAGUAGAGGCUUGUUUGAAUCUAAUCAUAGAGGAAAAUCCCCAAAUUCAGGAAGAAUUGGAUCUCAUAUCUUCGCUUCAAAUACUCAACGAAUUUAAUGUUACUUUACUUCCAAUGCAAGUUCGGCUGUGUCCUAACCGAAUGCGUCUGAUUGACAACUGUCUGCAGAGUCAGUCCACCGCAUAUCGCAACCACCAAAAACUGCUGGUUCUUGCCGAUAAGCUGCGUAUUGGCAGCUCAGCCUCGGAGCGAGAGCGCAAAGGCUCUGUCCUUGUUCGAGUGGCCGAAGCUGCUUUCUCUGCGAAAGAUUAUAGUUACUGUUGCAGUAUCUGCAAUACACUAGUAACAGAAGAGCAUUCGAUUGGCUGGGAGAUCUGUCAGAAGUUGGGACAGUGCUCGGAAUUCUCUCAGAUAAAUUCCCGGCAACAUCUGAUAGCGUUUGCUCUUCUCCAUUGCACGCCACAAAAUCUGCAAGACCUAUUGAAAACAAGGUGCGACUUGGAAAUUGAAUCAACUCAGCAGGAAAUUUCAAAAAGUUUAUCGAGUAUGGAAAUUUACUCUUCUUUGGACCAAGACGAUGAAUUUGUCGACGCUUUGACUUCACGUAUGGCGUAUAUAGGCGCACACAAAUACUUAUUCGAAGGAAAAUAUGGUCAUGAGACCGUUGUCAGAGUGAGUGAGACAGCUAGCAGGCCGACGUUACUUGAAAACAGUGAGUUGAAAAAGCAAGGAUUCGCCAGCUUCUUUGCGCCCCUCCACCCCGGCUGCCACCGCAGCACCCUCACCCCCUCCUUCCUGCAAGAUGAAGAUCAGCUGAUCAGAAGCAGCCACAAAAUGAAGCAGCUCUCUCUUGUACAGAAGCUGCUUCAAUCCGUGAUUCUCGAACAAGAGACUCAGAGUCCCAGCUCUCAUAAUUCUAUCAAUAACGUUUUGAUUCAAGCUAGUCAACUGGUAAUGAGUGAGGAUUGCCAACUGGGUCUCGGCUAUCUCUUUUCAUUGAGUGAUGCAUCGGCCGCCGAGCAGUGCUUCUCCAAUCUGCCUCAGACGCAGGUCUCUCUCCAGCUCGCUCUCUAUUUCUAUUCAAUCAGUCACAUAAUUCACCAGCAUAAAGAUGUCUUCUCCAUGCUUCCAGAAGAUGUUGUAAAUGCAGCACUUACUGGACCAAAGCACGAUGGUGACAUCGAUAGUUUAAUUCAAAAGUACAAACUCAAGUUGGAAAAUUUCGUUCAGACUGAGAAAAUGAAAGAACUCGAUUGUGGCGUCAAUUUGGAUAGAUUCACAAAGGAUACUCAGUACAAAUAUGAUUCCAUCCUUGGACUUGCCAUUUGUCAAGAGUGGGAAAAGGUUGAGCUAGCUCUGGAGCUGGGUUCUUUGUACGGAGUGCCUGGAUUGGAGGUAGCUCUGAACCACGUGAUCGCAAUGCUUCUAACUGGUGACUCGCAAUUGGCCAUUGAGCACAUAUCUGACAACCGACUCACUUCACUCCUUCAGGAAGACUCUGAACUUGUAAUUAAAAGACUUGAAGAAUCAGUUUUCCAAAAUUUGAAUGGAACUAAUCACCAGCUCAUGAUAGCCUACUACACAGUUUUGCAGAGCGUGGCUGAAAAAACAUUAAUUGAUGGAAUGCUGCCAAAAGAUCACAUCAAAUUGUUGAAAAAAGUGAAAGCAACAUCAUCAGCAAUCGACUAUAGGUGUCUGCUAAGAUCGAAUCCGUUGACUGCCCUGAGACCAGCAUUAAAUAGAGAUAGUGCAGCAAACAUUGUCAAACUUUUCAAAGCGCUGCCGGCCCACCUCAGAGGUGAUUUGACAACCAGCCAACUGUACACAGACAUGAUGAUAUCUGAUUUCUUCUACAACUGCCUGGGAUUCUCAUCUGAAGACAAAAGCGUGUCGCACUUUGAGGUUCUGAAAUCAUUUUGGACAAAGCUUUCUGCUGAGGACCUCCUCAAUUUCCUGAAAUCAUGUGUUUUCUCAAGGAAAUGUGCUGAACUAAUCGAUCCUGAUAAACGAAAGCAAUUCAUUACUGAUGCGAUAGCGUUUUGCCAACUUCAACAAAACAUUGAAACAUAUGGAACAGUUCAGAACUCAUUGGAAACUUGGCUGGAAAACCUUGGUGAGACAUGGGAUUCAAUAGAAUUCAGUUCAGUGGAUGAGGGUUUGAAAAAUGUCCUAUGCGAACUUGAUGUUAACUGCGGAAAUGAGGAGAGUAUCCCGUCGAUUGUUGAAACAGCUGUUAUGAACAAGAAUGUACCUUUCGUUGUUCUUGAAAAGAAAUGUUUCAAGAGUGUCUCGAUUCCAGAAAUGAUAACAAAACUUUUGAAACUUGUUGAGGUCACAGACUUUGAUUCAAUCAGUGUUUUAUUGGAACGAAUUGACAGCUGUAUGAAGAGAGACUUGCGUGAUGCUGAAUGGCCGUCACUUGUACAAGAACUUGCCGCAAAUUCUCAGCUUCCUCCGAACUUGCGCGUUUUCGCAGCUUCUCUCAUGCAGAGGGUGGGUGAAACUGGCACCAACGAAAAACUGCUGAUGAUCACAAUAGCGGUACUGGGCCAUCCAAUCAACUGUGAAGAAAUCGUUGACGAGAAUGCUCGCUACAAUUUAUUUGUGAGAGUUUUGAAAGAAAAGAACACUCCUGAUGAACUAAUGGUCGUGCAGCAACUUUUGUCUUGUUGGCCACCUUUUUCAGAUUCAAUCUCUGAAAUUCAUCCUCAUCUACAGUUGAUCGAAAAAAUGAUAUCGCUUGAUUGUGGAAAUGUAUUGGAGCACAUAUCCAAAGUAUUUGUGGAAACUAAGGUGGAUGAAACGUCAGUUGAGAAGGUUGUUGAUCGACUUGCGUAUUUGGGUGGACUUUCGCCAAUCGUCUGGUUGUGCCUUAUCACACAAUCUCCCAACUUGCACUCUAGAGCGGUCGGCUUGCUAUCUGCAUUCAAAGGCGACUUGAUUCCCGAACAGAUUGUGAGGAGAACUGUGGAACUGCAACUCACAUCUAAACUGGCCCAAUGCAAGGUGUAUGGAGUGUGGGUGGAGUCGCUGCUCGUAUUGGAUGAUGGCACAGUGGCCAAAAACGCCAUCGACCAGCUGAGAGAGGCUGGCUACCUGCCUGAGGCCGGCCAUCUUUGGUUUUCUGUUGAGAGCAUUCCCAGGACACUCAGAACGUUCUCUGCUUCAUUAGCCUCUAUUGCUCAACGAUUCACCAAAAACUGAGCAUUAAACUAUUUUUAAAAUAGUUCUAAGUUGUGUCUUUUAUGUUUAUAUUUAUUUGUUGAAAUCAUUUAUAUUUAUCGUUGAAAUGAAAAAUGACAGUACAUCUUACUUAUUCAAGCAAUAUCAUUAUUCUAUCCAUAUUACCCUUCAUGCUGAUAUUCACUUGUUGAAAUCAUAAAUAUUAUUUAUCGUUGGAAUCAAAAAUGAAAGUAUCUGAAGUCAAAAAUGAAAAUACAGUACAUCUCACUUAUUGAAGCAAUAUAUUUUUUCUGAGGGUAUUAUUGGUCGCAUGAGCUCUAUAGUGAGGUCUGGGGCGUUUCGUUUGUCUACUUUGAUUGUAUCCGCACCGAAACCCCACUUCAGAGAUAGAAUCAUUUGAUACUCUUAUUUUCCAAGAAGGAUUUUGCCUCUUGUCUAAUAAAAAUAUUCAUCAUUCUACUCUGGAUCCUAAACUAACAAAUUUACCAUUUUCAUUAAGUUGACAAUGCGUUGGCAAUAAAUAAAAUACAUUGCAUCUGAUUACGUUUAUUGAAAACUUUUCAAGUUUACAAAAUAAAAGAAUGUUAAACAAUAAAAAACUUAUUACUACCAAACCUAUACUCUGAAUUAUGUUUUCUUUUUGACAAGACCUAAUUUUUAAAAUAAUGAACAAAUUUUACUGAUUUUCUCAAAAUAGAUUAGAUUAAUUAAUUUUUACUCACGUGAAUUUAGCCUAAGAUUCCACUUUUAAUUUUAAACACCUUAAAAAAUUUAAAUUGACACUUUCAAAAGUUACAUUAAUAAACAAAUUUUCUACUUUAUGUUUAAUUGAACAAAUAAAUGAAAUAAUAAGCUACUAAUUAAAAUUUUACCAAUAAAUGUGGAGCAACCAAAUUUUUUGUUCUAACUCGUGGAAUCUCAGGUGAAAAAAGGUACGGAAACAAACAGGAUAUACAGUAUUAUAAACUUCCUUUACCUAGAGCAAAUAAAUCUCAAUGCUACUGAAAUCUGAGUUAUAUAAUUCAAUGUAUCAACCAAAUAAAAGUUAAAUUUUAAGUUAUAAUCUGGUUAUUUAAUUUGUACAAUGUCAAAACUUUAUAAAAAAUUAAAUAAACUAUUGUUACAAUUCAAA